UCUUUAUUCUAAGAAGACUUCAGAGCCUUCUUUCUUUUUCUUUUUCUCUGCAACAACUACUCUCCUUCAUUUACUUUCUUUCCCAAAGAGCUUCGGUCAGGCCAAUCGUUGUACCAUUUGUAGGGUUUUCGUUUUCGAAUUUGAUUUUGAUGGAGUCGGCAACGACGUCGUCUCGUGAAGCGGAGUUCGAAUACUUGUUCAAGCUGUUGCUGAUUGGGGACUCUGGGGUUGGAAAGAGCACCCUCCUCUUGAGUUUCACUUCCGAUACCUUUGAGGAUCUCUCUCCUACUAUUGGUGUGGAUUUUAAGAUAAAACAUGUUACUCUUGGUGGUAAAAAGUUGAAGCUUGCAAUUUGGGACACAGCUGGACAGGAAAGGUUUAGAACUCUUACUAGUUCAUAUUACAGAGGAGCUCAAGGGAUAAUAAUGGUGUAUGAUGUGACGCGAAGAGAAACAUUUACGAAUUUGUCUGAUAUAUGGGCUAAAGAAAUUGACCUGUACUCCACAAAUCAAGAUUGCAUCAAGAUGCUUGUUGGAAACAAAGUCGAUAAGGAAAGUGAAAGGACUGUCAGUAAAAAAGAGGGGAUGGACUUUGCAAGGGAAUAUGGAUGCCUUUUCCUUGAGUGUAGUGCAAAAGCUCGAGUAAAUGUUGAGCAAUGCUUUGAGGAGCUUGUCUUAAAGAUAUUGGAAACACCAAGUCUCCUGACUGUGGGCUCAGCAGGUUUGAAAAAGAACAUUUUCAAACAAAAACCUCCUGAAUCUGAUGCAUCAACAAGUGGCUGUUGCUAGGGGUUAUUGGAUUUUGAGAUUUCAACAUAUGUUGGCAUAUUACCCAUUUGUCUUCUUUUUACCGGGGCUGAUUUGAAAUUCUCGUGUAUCAUCAAAUUUAACGGAACUGUGAUACGGUGAUAUUUGGUGUGAUUUAACCCGACAAUUAUAUAUUUAUAAUUUCCAGAGCUGAGAUUUCAGUGUUUCCGAUUGUUGUCUUCUUUUCCUUAUUUGUUUCAGUUACCUCUUUCUGAAUUUGAAUGUGAAGCUUGAUCAAACAAGUACUUCUGGGUUA